GCGCAGAGCAUGUGAAAAAUUGACAACGUUUGCGCCAGAUAACAUAUACGUUGCGAAUUUAUUUAUAACAAAUUCACGAAAAUUAACCGAGGUAAAUGUGCAACGCAAUUCGUUAAACAAAAAAAGGAAAUAACGAAGAAAAAUAAUAUAAAUAUAUAUACAUAUAUAAUAUUCGUGCGGUUUUCUCUGAGCCUAUGGCUGUGUGUGUGUGUGUGUGUGUGUCGGUGUGCCUGCAAAACGGGAAAAAAGAAGUUGAGCUGAAAAAGCAGCAGCAAAAAAAAAUGGAAAAAAAAUAUAUUUUUAAAAAUUGCGUCGCGAUUUUUUUUCUCUCCCUCUCUUUCUCGCUCUCGCUCGCUCCCUCCCCUUCUCUCUCGCUCGCUCUCCCAUUGAAGUGGAAAAAUUUCUAAAUGUGCUUGUGUGCGUGUGUUCUAAUUUUUUGUUUAAUACAUUUACAAAAAAAAAUAAAAUAAAAUAAAAGAAGUCGCACACACACACACAUACGCACACACAAAUAGGGAGAGAAUUUGUUAAACAACAACAGCAAAAAACACAAAUUUUUUUGGGUCCGACAACGCCCUGUGCUAAAAAAGAAAUGAAAAUUAUACCGUUAUUUGCUUAUACCCUCCCCUUCGCCAAUAAAAAAAUAUAAGAUAAAUAUAUAUAUAUGUAUGUGUAUGUUGCAUAUAAAAGUUAACUUUUUUUUAUUGUUACGUUACUGAAAAUGCGAAAAAUCAAUAGAAAAUAAGAUAUUGCGUUUUUGUGCCAUUUGAAGAAAAGAAAAUGAAAAUUUCAAUUCAAAUCAAAGCUGAAAAUUAUUAAAGUUCAAAAACUUAUCAUGGAUUCUCACGGAUUUUUUCAUCGCGGAUUUAACCAACAUCCAUCGUCCAUCGGGUCGAAAUGGGCGGCGUAUGGAUGAUAAAAACAAAGUAAACUUCUUUUGUUUUUGCCUCUUUUUUUUCCGGUGUGUGUCUUGUGAUAGAGCGACAGAGAGGGGGCGAGAGUGAGCGAGCGAGAGGGCGAUAGAGGACAGAAAAAAAAAGUGUGCAAGAGCUGUUAAUUAAUGGAAAAAUUCGUCUCGUUUGCGUUGUCGUGUUUUUCGGUUCGGUACGUUUAGAGGAUUAAAAAAUUGAAAUUUAUAUCGAAAUAAAAAGAAAUAAUAAUAAAACCAGAUAUGAAAAUAUGCCACACACGCACACACACACGCACACAUCGUAAUACCGGAGAUUUACUUUUUUGAAUGUGUUAAAUGGCCAAAUCAAUUAAAAUUUUUUUGCAAUUUUUUUUUUUAUAUUUUACGCAAAGUGAAGUGUUGCAACUACAAAAAAUAAUGGAAAAUAAAUCCAAACCAGAAAUGGAAAAUAAUAUUUAGUGCUAAAAUCGCCUUAUCUUCUCAUUCCAGAGCAGUGUGUGUAAAUAGUAAAAAAAAAAGAGAAUCAAGAGAGAAAAAAUUAUAAAUAUAUAUAUAAAUCGAAAGAAAAAGUGCAGCCAAAAAAAAAUGAAAAUGCGAUCACAUUGAGGCAACUGUUGUUGCCCCGUUGCAGCAACAACAGCAACCCGAAAAAGAGCAACUUAAAAAGUUAAUAGUUCUAAACUUGAAGAGUAAAAAUUAAGUAAAAUAAUAAUAAUACAAAAAAUCCUAGUGCUAACUUUAAAGCGAUCAAUUUUUUUUUGUGGGGCAAUUCCGAGAGAAUGUCGCAGUGCAAUAAUGUUGCAACUGUCGGCAGCAGCAACAACAGCAACAGCAACAGCAACACGUUAACACCAAACAAAAAAUCAAUCAUCAAUUCUGCGGCCAACAACAAGUGUUUAAGCCAAAAGAGUUCGGCAUGAAAUGGAAGCAGCUAUACGCUCCACUUCAGUGCAGGUCGGUGCUCCGCCGCCCACAAACAACAACAACAACAGCAGCAGCAACAGCAACAACAACAGCAGCAGCAGCAGCAGCAACAACAGCAGCAACAACAACACACCCAACGGUGCGCAGCAGCAGCAACAUCAUCAGCAGCAGCAGCAGCAGCAGCAUCACCAACAGCAACGGGUUGUUGCCAGUAGCAACCAGCAGCAACAGCAGCUGCAGCAGCAGCAGCAGCAGCAGCAGCAGCAGCAGCAGCAACAGCAGCAGCAGCAGCAGCAGCAGCAGCAUGAUAAUGGACCAACGUCCCAUCAUUUGCAUCAAUCAUCUAUCAGCAUCUCUAAUCAGCAGAAUAAAGCAACGCAACAGCAGCAACACCAAAAGCAACAACAGCAACAGGCUGCCAACAUGUCCGCGUAUCAACAACGCCUGCCAUCAAAUGCAGCACCGCUCCACAGCCCCCACUGGUCGUACAGGGGCCUCGAGCAGGUGCCGCAGUAUGCCAAGCAGCUGCAGCAGCAGCUACAGCAGCAGCAGCAGCACCAGUCGCACCACCAGCAGCAGCAGCAGGAGCAGCGCACCACCAUGCAUCCGCAGAUCCACCACCACCACCAACAGCAGCAGCAGCAGAUGCAACAGCAGCAGCAGCAACAACAGCAGCAGCAGCAGCAGCAGCAAUCCUCGAGAGCGGCGGCCAGUCCAUUGUCACCACCUCGUCCUGGAAAUCCUGGCAGCGGCAACAGCAGCGGCGGCAGCAACAGCAGCAGUGCAGCAGCGGCAGCAGCAGCAGCGGCAGCAGCAGCGGCGGCCGUCAACACCGGUUACCCGCCACCGCCCCCGCAGCAUCGUUUUAUCCAGAACACGGGCUAUAGCAUUGCCCCGGCGCCCACCUACCGUGAGAAUCCCUACUCGCGUCACACCCAAAUUCAGCAGCAGCAGCAACAGCAGCAACAACAGCAGCAGCAGCAACAGCAGGCAGCAGCAUCCAUGCCCGAAUAUCAAAGGGCAGCAGCUCGAGCGGCUGCGGCGGCGGUUUCGGGGGGUAAAGGCAACGUUUCUGGCCAAAGUUCCAAUAGCAACAGCGGCGGCGGCAGCGGUGGAGGAGGUGGAAGUGGUGGAUCAGGUCCACCCGGCAGCGGCGGUGUCGUCCAGGUGUCGCAAUCCAGCGGAGUUCUGGUCAUGGAAGCCAUGCCCCACUAUGCCAGCCAACCAAAUAGUAAUCCCUCCCAGCAGCAGCAGCAACAGCAGCAGCAGCAGCAGCAACAGCAGCAGCAACAACAGGGCGGCAAUCCCAGUGCCGCGGGAGCAAUGUCCGCCUCAUCCUCCGCCGUUAGCAGCAUAAUGGUCGGGAAUCUGGGGCGCAUCCUGAUGCCCCACUCACAGGCUCUCCAAUAUACCAGCGAGUACCUGAGCAAUGCCACAGCGGUGGCCGUUGCUGCGGCGGCGGUCAACCAGCGACAGCAAUUGCAGCUGCAACAACAGCAACAGCAGCAGCAACAACAACAUCCGCCCGAGCCAUUUGGCGGCCAGCAGCCGUACAAGAAGCAACGGCUCAGCGAGGCCAAUGCCAGCAUGAAUCACCUGCCACCACACCCGCAGCAUCAGCAGCAGCAACAUCAGCAGCAGCAGCAGCAACAUCAGGCACACCAGCAACACCAGCGAUCCUCGCCAGCCCAAGUGCAACAGCAGCAACAACAACAGCAGCAGCAGCAGCAGCAGCAGAUGAACAGCAGUCGGCAGCAGAGUCACAAUGACAUGUGCCGACAAGUGGUCACCACGCCAAUGGGCAUGCAACUCAAGGUGGACACGCUGCCCCAGCAGCAACAGCAGCAGAUGCAACAGCAACAACAGCAACAGCAGCAGCAGCAGCAGCAACAUGCCUCUCAAUCCCAGAGCCGAUCCCAACCAGCGGCGAGCAGCAUGUCCUCCGGAGUGAGCCAACCGGCGGGCAGCAUCACCGUUUCCACGGCGGGAUCGACGGCGAGUCACAGCGGCAGCAGUGGCAAUGUUGCCGCCGGAACGGGCUUGGGAAAUACCGGAUCCGCCAGCACGGAGGCCUACCAUCCUCAGGUGGAGGCCAUUUCGCCCACGCUGCCCAGCGAUAGUUCGAUCGAGGAGCGCGGACGGACCAGCGCCAAGGAGGACCUGCUCAUGCAGAUCCAGAAGGUGGACAACGAGAUCAAGUCCGCCGAGACGACAAUGGAGACGCUGCGCAAGAAGGAGAAGACGCUAAUGGAGGAGGCCACCCUGGCCAAGGAGCAGAAUGCCGCCAAGGAGUUGAGCGACAACAACAACGAUAAGCCGGAGGAGGUGGUCGAGCUGGCAUGGCGCAGUCAAAUGCUGGCCGAAAAGAUCUAUGCGGCCAAUCGGAAGACGGCCCAAGCGCAACAUUCCAUGCUGCAGAAUGCAGCGGCCGAUGAAUCCUCCCCGGGAUCAGUGGCCGGACGUCCCUGGUUGCCCCUGUACAAUCAGCCCCUCGAUGUGGAGGCCCUCACCGUGUUGAUACGCCAGCAUCAGAGUCAAGUGCGUGCGCCCCUGCUAUUGCACAUCCGGAAGCUGAAGGCCGAGCGCUGGGUGUACAAUCAGGGAUUGGUGGAGAAAUACCUCAAGGAGCAGGCCGAUUGGCAGCGCCGUUGCGAGCGAAUGGAGGCGAGUGCCAAGCGGAAAGCACGCGAGGCCAAGAAUCGCGAGUUCUUCGAGAAGGUCUUCACGGAGCUGCGAAAGCAGCGUGAGGAUAAAGAGCGCUUCAAUCGCGUCGGUUCGCGCAUUAAAUCCGAAGCGGAUCUGGAGGAGAUCAUGGAUGGGUUGCAAGAGCAGGCCCUGGAGGACAAGAAGAUGCGAUCGUAUGCGGUGAUACCGCCUCUAAUGCACGAUGCCCGCCAGCGGCGUUGCGCCUAUCACAACGAAAACGGACGCAUCGAGGAUAUGGUGGCAGUGCAUCAGCAGCGUAAGGCCCUCAAUAUGUGGACGGCCGGGGAGAAGGAGACCUUCAAGGAGAAGUAUUUGCAGCAUCCGAAGAACUUUGGCGCCAUUGCCGCCAGUUUGGAUCGCAAAUCGCCUCAGGACUGCGUACGCUACUACUACCUCAGCAAGAAGACCGAGAAUUACAAGCAGUUGCUUCGCAAAUCCCGCCAGCGGACGCGCAGCUCGCGUAAUCCUGCCAAGGCCCAGGCCGCUCAGCCGCAGUGCAUCAUAGAUUCGAUGACCACGGGCGUGAUGACGCGUCUGCAGCGUGAGCAGCAGCAAAAGUCCGGCGGUCGUUCGUCAGCCGUUGCGGAACGUGAGCGUGCCGAACGGGCUGCCGAGCGGGAGCGUGUGGCGGAGAAAGCGGCAGCGGAUGCGGCCAAAGCGGCCGAAAGUGCCGCCGAGAAGGCAAGUGCCGCAUCGAAGGCCGUUGAGGCAACGGCUGCCGGCGAAAAGGUGGCCAAAGCGGCUGCAGCAGCAGCGGCGGCGGCUUCUUCAUCGGCAACAACAUCUACAGCAGCAGCAACAUCGGCAAAUCCAGCGACAGGAGCAACGGAUAAAACGGAUGCCGGCAAGUCUAGUAGUGCGACUGCUAGCGAAAAGAAUGCGGCGGCGGCGGCAACAGCAGCAGCAGCAGCAGCAACACCUGCGGCCACAGCAGCAGCAACAGCUGGAGCUGCUCCACCAGAGAUCUCAGCGGGCGGCGAGGCCAAGAGCAAAGCCGCCGCCGACGAGGAGGCGGCAGCAGCAACAGCCGGAGCAGCCACUGUGGCCACAGCCGGCACACCGGCCACUGGAGCCAGUGCGGCCAGUGCGGGCGAGGCGACAACGGCGACGGGAGCCACGGCCACAGCCGCCGCCAAGGGAGCCGGCAAACCGGAGACGGCCACCGAGCCAGCGGGCACGGCUGCCAAGGGAGCGGAUUCUCGGGCAGAAGCCAACGAUCCGCUGGCCAAAACAGGUCCAAAAGCUAUCAAUGCCGAGGGCUAUAAUGCCACCGGUAGCAGCAUCGCCAGCAAUGCUACUCCAGCCGCUGCCCCGGCACAGGGCGUAACCCUGAAUGGCUUUAAGCCGGGCUACCAGACUGUGGUCAUGGCCAAUGUGAAGGCCAGUGGUGAGGAUUCGUCGGCUGGAGGAGCUGCUCCCGGUUCUGGAGCAGCAACGAAUGCGGCAGGGCAGGGAGGCGAUAAAAUCGCCAAGCAAACACCGCCAUCCAGGGCUCCGAAUUCCACAUCCUCGACGGCGGCGGGUGAGAGCGGUGCUGGAGUGCCCACAUUUGCCCACACCGCCACCACGGCGGGCAACUAUCUGGGCCAGAAGCUGAAGGCGGCCCAGGUCGAGGGAUUGGGAGCUGGCAAUGAUCUGCACUCGGAUGUUAGUGAAUCCAAGAGGAAACGCUUCGAACUGAAUUCUGGUGAGGCGACAGGAAAUGCCACAUCUGCGAAUGCCAAUAGCAACACCAGCGGCAACAUGAACAUGAGCAACAGUCACGGCCAUGGCCACGGACACGGCCUGAAGGCCAAUGCCAAGGAUGCCUCGAUGGCCAAGACAUCGCUGCCAUCGUCGGCGUCAUCGGCAUCGGUUGUCACAUCCACGCCAACGGCAUCCUCGUCCGGCUCCAUGCUGCUGAUCAGUGCCGCCUCCAUCAUGUCCACCGCAGCGGGAGCCACAUCCUCGAGCACGGCGACCACCACGGCCACGGCUCCAUCGAUCACCAUGCCCCAACUGGCAGAUGGGAGCGCCAAUUCGAUGGUUAACGCCUCCGAGGUUCUCGCCCUCGAUGGCAAAGACAAACUGGCCAGCUGCUUUGUGUGCAAGGCGGAGGCAUGUCCGCGCACCCGACCGCUGAAGAAGGGGCGUGGCCAGCAGUACGGCAUUCCCGACGAGACGAUUCCGGCCGGAGCCCGCGUCUGCAACAGUUGCCAAUGCAAAUCGGUGCGCAGCCGCUAUCCCAACUGCCCGCUGCCCACGUGCCCCAAUCCCAAGGAUCGGGCCCAGCGCCUGCGGAACAUUCCCUCCCGCCUCUUCGAACUGGCGCCCGACAUCCGUGACCCGGUGAUGGCCGAGUUCCAGAUACCCCCGCACGCCACCCGCUGCUGCUCGGCCUGCCUGAUGCGCAUCCGCCGCAAGCUCGAUCCGCAGCUGAAUCUCACGGACGGCUCCGGUGGCGGUGCCGGAAGCGGCAGUGGUGGCGACGAGACGGAUGUCAGUACCUCGUCGUGUGACGAGCGGGAGCCGGGUGGUUCGGAUACGGCAUCGGUGGAGAGUCCAGAGAAUCUGCAGCGCCACAAAUCCCUCACAUUGGUCAAACAGCAGCAGCAGCAGCAGCAGCAGCAACAACAGCAGCAGCAACAUCAUCAGCAACUAUCGCAGCCCCAGCCACCGCCAGCUCCGCAACAGAAGGCCACAUCCACUCCUCGAGGAGGCGACAACAGCACGCCACUGAUUAUCACACCCACACGGAUGAGCGGCAAGGCGGGAUCGGCGGGCGUGGCUGCGCCGGCGGGUGACAAUGAUCGCCUGCUGCCCCCCGCCGCCGGGCAGGCACCCAAGAAGCAGAAGACCAGCGAGGAGUACGACUCCUCGGCCACGGAAACGGCGGAUGAGGAGAACGAGAACUCGCCGGCCAAUCGCCAGAGUCCCAAGGUCCUGUUCCAUGGCCAUGGCGGCGGUGGUCAUGGGCAUGUGGGACAUGCCAAUAAUGUGGCCGGACUGCAGCCGCCGGUGGGCAAUAUGGUGGCGGGAGGAAUGCCACCAGGAGGAGCACCACCGGGUCAGCAGGUCAACGGACCGAUGGGCAUGCGUCGCGAGGCGGUCAACAAUGUGCAGGAUUGCGUAUUCUCGGUGAUUGAGCGUUCGCUGAAGCACAAGGGACCGCAGCCCAAGGGCGGACAAGGGGGUCAGCAGCAGGGUCAGGGGCAGGGUCAGGGUCAGGCUCAAGGACAAAGCCAAUCCCCAUCCCACCAGCAACAGCAACAGCAGCAGCAGCAGCAGCAACAACAAUCUGCCAAUAAUCUGGAUCGUAAAGAGCUGACCAUUGUGCGGGAAUAUCGCCAGGAUCCGGGUAUCCUAAAGCAGCAGUCUGGCGGAGCACCGCCGCCUACCUCGGGUGCAAGUGGUCUGCCCCAUGGCACCUCCGUGCAGAAGCUACCAUCCCGGCCAGCUGCAGUGCCACCACCGCCAUCAGCUCAUCCACUGCCACCGACGAGCAGUAGCAACAAUGGAACCAGCGAUAGUCUGGCCACCCUAUCGGUGGUCAACUCUCAUCUGGGCGUGGUGGGUCAGCUCGGCCAUCCUGGGCUCAUGGCCCAUGCCGCAGCCGCCAGCGGAGUCAGUGGAGUGGACAAGGCCACCAUAACACCGGUGGUAAAGAGCUCCAGUGGUGGAUCAUCGAAGAGCGGUGGCGGCUCGUCUGCCCAUUCGACACCCACGCCGCCGGAGACCAUCAUCUACAAUGUGCCAGCGGCUCAUCCGCAACGUGGCAUUCCACCACCGCCGCAGCACUCGGUGCAUCCCGCUCAUCCGUCGCAUGCCCAGCAUCCGGUCCAUCCGCAGCAUCCGUCGCUGGGCCAGCAUCCGCAGCAUUCGCAGCUGCAAGUGCCGGAACCGGAGCCGCAGACCCUGGACCUGAGCAUCAAGAAGCCACCGCGCGAUGGCCACUCACCGCACACGGGAGCCGGCGGAUCAUCCGGUGGCUCUGGAGCCGGAGGACCCUCCUCCUCUUCGGAUCGCCAUCAUGGCCCACCACCGCCGACCAUGUCGAUGAAGCACAUUGUCCGCUCCACGGGCAUGUAUCGCGGCGAUACCGUCACCGUUCCCUCGCUGGCGGCGCCCAGUUCGUAUCUGUAUCCCACACCGCCGCACGGAGUGCUCAAGGCCACCGGCGGAGUGGGUGUGGUGCCCGGUGUGAUGCCAGGCGUGCCCGGCAGCGCUCUAUACUUGCAACCUGUCCCAGUGCCCGUGCCCAUUUCCAUUUCGGGCCAGGGUCAAUUGCCGCCGAGAGCUGGACAACCGCCGCCGGCACAGCCGCCCUCCGGCCGAGGUGUGUCCAAGGUGCCGCCCAAGCUGAGUCCCCACCACCUGCAUCCCAGUCACGGUCACUCGCCAUCACAGCAGCAACAACAACAGCAGCAGCAGCAACAGCAGCAGCAGCAACAACAACAGGCGGCUGCACAGCAGCAAUUGCUGGUGAAGAGCGGCUCCAUCACCCAUGGAACGCCGGCCAAUGCUGCCCAACAACAAAUUCAGAUCGUACAUGCAGCAGCGGCGGCAGCAGCAGCAGCUGCAGCCUCAUCCUCGUCGCUGCUCAGUCCCAAGUUCGAUGGCCUGGUCAGGCAGACGACGCCCGAGGGCGUGGGUGCCGGAGGACCAGGUGGCCCCGGGGGCAGCGGCAAACAUGGAUCGAUAACGCAGGGAACACCGCUCCACCUGCCACCGCAUCAUUUGGAGAGCAAGCGGGCCUACGAGAGCUACUACAAGAGCUCGCAGCGUCACAGUCCCGCCCAGCAGCCGGGUGGCAAUCAGCAAUUGCCGCCGCCACCGCAGCAGUCAUCGCCGCAGGCGCCACCACCGCAGGGCUAUGGAGUGGGUGUGAGUUCGCCCUAUGCCCGAUCGCCAUUCAGCGGCGUUGUGGAGCAGGCACCGGUGCUGAGCACGCGGCAGAUCGUGAUGCACGACUACAUCACCUCGCAGCAGAUGCAGGGCCAGCAGCAGCAGCAACAGCAGCAGCAGCGCAACAUGUCGCGCGGCAGCAGUGCCAGCGGCGGCGGAGGAGGCGGUGGCUCCGACAAGGAGUCGCCCUCGCCGCGGAACAGUGUGGGCAGUGCCGGGGGAUUCGCCUACGGCGGGGACAAGGACUCGGCGCCCAGAGGCCGGCCGGAGUACUCCAGUCGCGCGUCGCCGGCAGAUCAUGCAAACAGCACUCCAAGUCCGCAUCGCACGCCGCCGCCGCAGCGACAGGGGGUAAUCCAGAGGCACAACACGGGCUCCAAGCCCCCAUCUCCGGCAGCUCCGCCGCCGAGGAGCAUGCACAUUGUGUCCCCCUAUCAAUAUGCUCCAAGUGGUCACGAUGCCCUAGCCUCCUUUGUGGAUGUGGCCGUGCAGCAGCCCCAGUUGCCGGUGCCGUCGCAAAAGGAUGACAAGUCACCGGGCUCUGCUCCGCCGCCGGGACAAAUACCCGGACCUGGUCCCGGACCCGCUCCGCUGCCUCCCCAUGCUGUGGUCGGCGUGGCCCAGCCACCGCCGCCGACCGCCCACCAUGAUCAGCGGUACCGCGACCUGGCCCUGCAGCACCAUCACCACACCCUGGUGCAGCAGCAGAUUGCCCAGCAGCAGCACUAUCGCAGCCUCAAUGUGGCCGCCCAGGUGGACAUGCAACGGCACAUGGACAAUGCCAAGCGCGUGAUGCGCCACCAGCAGCAUCAGCAGCAGCAGCAGCACAACCAUGCCAUCGAGCAUCGGGACAGGGAGAUCCUGCAGAACCAGGAGCGGAUGCGGGAACGGGACCGCGAGCAGCGGGAAAGGGAGCGGGAGCGUGAGCGAGAGCGAGAACGGGAACGGGAACAACGGGAACGGGAGCGGGAGCGAGAGCAGCGUGAACGUGACCGUGAGCGGGAGCGGGAAAGGGAGCGAGAGCGAGAGCGACGGGAGCAGGACCGGGAGCGGCGGGCGGUGGCCGAGGAGCGGGAGCGGGACAGUCGUCGCAUGGAGCGCAUGUUCGCCGGCGGUGUGGUGAACGCGCCAGGCGUCGGCGGCGGCGGAGGACCUUCGCCCGGGCAGUUCAUGCGAGCCUCCGUCCCAGAGACUGGUCCACCACGCUCGAUCCCAGAUCGCGAACGAGACGCGUACUAUCGUCAGGCUCACGGCGGCCCAGCGCCAGAGGAUACGCCCGGACAACUGAGCGCCCAGAGUCUCAUAGACGCCAUCAUCAAGCACGAGAUCAAUCGCACCAACGACGCAACCGCAGGUCCGAGCCGUGAGUUUCCGCGCCCGACCUUCGUCCACGCUCCGCUGCCGCCACGCGGCUCGGGAUCAGGCGGUGGUGGCGGCACACGAUCCUCGCCAGCCAAUGUCCUCCAUCAGAUGUACGUGCGCGAUCAUCGCCAGCCGCACGAGGGCGGUGCCGUCUCUCUGCUGACGGCGGAGAACAAUGGCAAGCCCAGCUCGUCGGGAUCGCCCAGUGUGAUCAACAUUGAUUUGGAUCAGGAGCGAAUCUCGGCGGCAGCCGCAGCAGUUGCCCAACAGCAGCAACAACAGCAGCAGCAGCAGCAGCAGCAAUCUCAGCCACCACCAUCGCAAUCGUCGCAAUCGAGAUCCGUGCAUGGGCAGCUGAGAACUCCGACCUCCCAGGCUGGCGGCUCAGCUCCGAGUCCCCAGCAGAUCCAUACCAAGAGCAUUACCUUUGGCGAGCUAACUGAUUCGAUCAUAACCAACGACUACGUGACCAAUCCCCAUCUGCGUCCCACGCCACCCUUUAUGGCCUAUCUGCAGGAGACGCAGUCCAUCCUGCCGCCGGAUCGCUGGAAGCAGAAUCGCCGCAUGCAACAGAAGGCGGAGGAAGCCAAGCAUCUUUCGCAGCAGCAGCAGCAACACGCCCAGCAGCAGCAGCAGCAACAUCACGCCCAACAGCAGCAGCAACAGCAGCAGCAACACCAUGCCCAGCAGCAUCAUCCACCUCCAGCGCCCGGCGGUGGAGGUCAGGGCGGAGCUCCGGGCGGUCCGGGCAGCGGAGGAAGUGGCGCCGGCAGGGCCAACACGCCCGGCGAGGAUGGACGCAACAUUAUCCGAAUGCCGCAGGCGGUCAGUCCGCGAAAGUAUAGCCAUGACCUGAUGCUGCACCAUGUGUUGGGACCUACGGCGCCGGGUGGCGAGCCGGGACAGUUCUUCAUACCCAGCCGCGUUGUGCUGCCGGAGCAGAGGGGAGCGCCCGGCGGUGGCAGUGGACCACCCGGCGGCGGAGGACCCGGAUCGGGCGGCGGUUCCACCACCAUUGACAACUAUGUAAAGACCCGCAUCGCCGAGGUGAUGCGCGAUGAUAUUAGCUAUGGAAAGAACCGGACUGUAGAGGUGCGAUCGGAUGAUGAAGUGACCGCCGAUAUGGUGGCUCAUUCGCAUGCCGCCCAUGCCGCCCAUGUGGCGCACGUGGCCCAUGUGGCCCAUGCCGCUGCCAUGGAGCUGCAGCACCGCAGCAAGGAGCAGCCGCCGCCGCCGGAGAUCAGUGUGUCGCGCAAGACGCCCAACCAGUACGAGGUAGUGGAUGCCAGUGGAAGGCGCUCGGCGGGCUCCGUCUCGGUCACGGUGUCCGGAGCCAACAGUCACCACUCGCCGUAUCAUCCGCCUGCCGGAGCCUAUGCUCCCAGCACCUAUGCCUUCCCCUAUAGCGCAUUGACUGUGCCCAGUGCUGCCGGAGGAUUGCCACCACCACAGCCGCUGCAGCUGGCCCACCAGGCAGUGCCGCCACCUGGCCAUCUGAGUGCCAAGGCCAAGGCGGCGCAUGCGCUCAGUGAGCUGGGAGCAGUCGGUGGCGGAGUGUCGCUGGUGGUGGGCGGCGGAUCCGGCGGUAUGGCAGGCGGACCAGGUGGUGUCUCGGUCGGAGGAGGUGGCCCCGGUGGCGGACCAGGAAGCGGCGGUGGCGGUAGCGUUGCCCAGGCCAUCCAGCAUCCAUCGUCGGCAGCAGCUGCUGUGGUGGCCGCUGCGGCAGCGGCGGCGGCGGCGGCCAGCGAAUCGAAGCCAUUGCUGCUGUCCAAGUACGAUGCCCUCAGCGACGAAGAUUAGUUGUGACUGCCGGCGUCGUCCUCGGCGUCGGCGUCGCACCUGCGGCCAGCAGCAAUAGCAGUAGCAGCAGCAGCACUACCGCCCGGCAGCAGCACGAGCGUGGUCUACGGCUAUCCUGGCUACCGGCGACACUCCCAGCAUCAACAGCAGCCACCACCACCACAUCCGCAUCUGCAUUCGCAUCUUGUCCAGCAGCAACAGUCGCCGCAUCGCCAGCAGCAGCAGCAACAACAGCAGCAGCAUCAUCAGCAGCAGCAGCAGCUCUACCAAACCUCAGUGCUGCCGCCACCGUUGCAAUCCCAGCAGCAACAACUCCAGCAGCAUCAACAGCAGCAGCAGCAACUCCACCACCAGCAGCAGCAGCAGCAGAGGAGCCUCUACUAUGCCAGUGAGCAUUAUCCAGGAGGCAAUGGGAGCAGUGCUGCCGGCGGCAAUCCGGGCUACUACUGACAGCAACACUAAUUGCAGCAGCUGCAACACUAGCAACAGCAACACCAGCAACAUCAGCAGCAUAUGCAGCACAUGCAGCACAUGCAGCACAUGCAGCACAUGCAGCUUAUGCAACUAACACACCUUGCUGUUGGACAAGAAACCCAAGCUAAACAAACAAAAUAUGUAUAAAAAACAAAAUGAAAAAGGCUUUAACUAAACAAAAACAAAAGAAUAAAAUAAUGAGGAAACAAUAGCAGCAGGAAAUAGAAAGAGAGGGAGAUAGAGAUGCAGGGGGGGCGACAGAGUGGGACGGCAUAUGUAGACUUGACAAUAUCUAGUUGCAGUUUUGUCCAACACAAAAUUAUUUAGACAUUUUCAAAACAGUUCAAACAAAACUAUUGUGGCUGCUAACAAAAAUAAAGCACGCAUAUUUAAAAAUUGUACAAAAAAGAUUGGAUAUUUGAUUUUAGCAUUUAGCUCUAGACUUACAAUAGGACUUUAUUUUAAAACUAAUUUUACCGAGAGCAUCUCAGCUCUGUUUCAAAAUUUAAAACAGAUAUUUUUGAAUUGUAUAUAGUGAAAACAAUAGCUGAAGCCAACUUUGAUAGACUAAACUAAGACCCAACCAACUGUUUCCCCUCGAAUCGUGUCCUUUAUGUCGCCUAAAUGUAUCUUGUAUCUAUUGGUGUGUCCUUGUUCUUUCGUGGCAUCCGUGAAUACGUUUCCUCCUCACACAGCUCUAACCUCAGCACCCCGAGUCAGAACGUAAUGAAAUUGGUAGGGACAACAAUAUAGAUAUAUAUAUAUAUACAUAAAAAACUAGAAAUCACACCACACACUUAUAUAUACAAUACACACAUAUGAUUAUAAGGAGUAAACAAAAUAAUAAAAAACACACUGUUGGGCUGUUCUUAGAAAAAAAAAAAACAAAAUGAAAAACAAAAAACCUAAAGGAAAGAAAACAAGUAAAACGUGAAACAAGUAAAUAUAUAUAUAUAUUAUCUAUAGAACACUUUAAACAUUAUUUAAACGACUUUUUGUAAAUUUCAUAAAAAAACUGCGCAUAAUUUUAAUGAGCAUCAUUUAAUCAAUCUUAUCGAUAAAUUUACUACUACUAUUAUUCGUUUAUACAUAUUUUUUUUUUGCUAUUUUUAUAUGCAAGAUCUAAUUUAUGGAGCAUGAUUGUGUUUUACCCUCUUCUUAAGCAAACGCUAUUGAAUUAUGUACGUUUAAUUGAUAAGCUAAUGAAAGUUUCGAUGUAAGUAAAAUAAAAGUAAGCCCAUUACGUA